UACUUCUUCUUCCGCAGUCCGCCGGCGGCACAGUCCAGGCCUGCUCCGGGAGUGUAUCGACUUCGCCAGCGGCAGAGGGAUUCUGGGUAACGACCGUGGCCGGCGGGGCGGCUGGCUCCGCCCAGCAGGUUCCACUCACGCCAGGGCCGUUGGCGGUGGCGGUUGUCGGGCCCGGGCCAGUGGGACAUGGAGCAGCCGUGGCCGCCACCGGGCCCUUGGAGCUUCCCGCGGACUGGCGGGGACACCGAGGAGGAGAGUGAUUUAGACGUGUCCCCCUCUUCUUCCCACUACUCUCCGGUACCGGACAGCGGCGCCCAGAUGUAUAGCCAUGGGAUUGAGCUGGCUUGCCAAAAGCAGAAAGAAUUUGUAAAGAGCUCUGUGGCGUGCAAAUGGAAUCUUGCUGAAGCCCAGCAGAAACUUGGCAGCUUAGCACUGCAUAACUCUGAGUCCUUGGAUCAGGAACAUGCCAAAGCACAGACUGCGGUGUCAGAACUGAGGCAACGGGAAGAAGAAUGGAGACAGAAAGAGGAGGCUCUGGUCCAAAGAGAGAGGAUGUGUCUCUGGAACAUGGAUGCCAUUAGUAAGGAUGUUUUUAAUAAGAGUUUUAUUAAUCAAGAUAAAAGAAAAACAGAAGAUGAAGAUAAGUCACAAUCAUUUAUGCAGAAAUACGAGCAAAAAAUCAGACAUUUUGGUAUGUUGAGUCGAUGGGAUGAUAGUCAGAGAUUUUUGUCUGACCACCCAUACCUUGUAUGUGAAGAAACUGCUAAAUAUCUUAUUUUAUGGUGUUUCCACCUAGAAGCUGAGCAGAAAGGCGCUCUCAUGGAACAGGUAGCACAUCAAGCUGUUGUGAUGCAGUUUAUUAUGGAAAUGGCCAAAAACUGUGACGUGGAUCCAAGAGGCUGUUUUCGUUUGUUUUUCCAGAAAGCCAAAGCAGAGGAAGAAGGUUAUUUUGAAGCAUUCAAAAAUGAACUUGAAGCUUUUAAAUCAAGAGUAAGACUUUACGCUCAAUCACAAAGCUUUCAACCUGUGACAGUUCAGAAUCAUGUUCCCCAUUCUGGUGUUGGAUGCAUAGGCUCCUUAGAAUCCUUAUCACAGAAUCCAGAUUCUCUUCAGUGUUGUACCCCUGCCCCUCUGUGCAGUGUAGACUCAGUGGUACACAAAGAAGAUGACGACAGAAUGAUGGACACUGUGUGACUCAGCUAGACUGCUGAGCCCAAGGACUAGUUUGUUAGAAGAAAGGAAGAGCCUGGCUAUUUUCUUGACACUUUUAUGGGUGCUGCACUUUAUUUUUGUUCGGUUUUGAUGGGAGGGAAAGAGUACUGAAAUGUUUUGCAACUUUUUUUAUGUGCUGCUAGGGUUUUUGUUGUUGUUUUGUUUCUGAAGGGAGGAGUGGUAACCAUAUGUUGCAGGAAGUCAAACUGGACGGACUCUCCCCCACCCCUCAGUUACUAAAUUUGCCUUUAACUGUUCUUAUUUUUGGAAUCAAAGUAUGAAAAUCUGCACACUGCAAUGUUUACAAGACUGGUUGACUGAGGAGACAUCUGCUACACAGUCUUUUUUACAUGGAUAUAUACAUGUCCUACUUCGUGGAAAGAAUUAAAGAUAAAAAUACGCUGUGUCCCACUGCAAAGUUCAGCUGUCAGAUCUGGUAUUUAUCACAUUAAAAGCAAUAAAUGAGUAGUGGUAAGCUACUUUACUAUUAAGUAAGCUGGAUGGCACAAAUUAAUGUUUUAAGAUAUUUAAUUUGUAUUUUCGGCACCACCAGUUAAUUCCUUGACUAGUAUAAAUUUGAUAUUAAAAACAUUACAUUUAUCCCCAGUAGUCUCAAAACUGUUCAGAAGUCGACUUUGUCCUGAUGACUGUUUAAAUAUUAAGGAGGGUAGUGAGUUUAGAAAAUGAUACAGUUUUCUGAUUUUCCAAGAAGAUAAAAUGCAAGCUUACCCUAAUUUACUUGACAUAGUCUGGGACCUCUCAGGGAGUAAGUUUUAGGAUUGAAACGGCCUGUGAGAACAAACAGGAAGAGUAAGGUCCUUGUUACAUCCCAGUUCUGUGUGUGAUAUGGUGAAGCCGUGAGAAAGGUAGACCUGAGCUGCCAGCCAUGCCUAAGAAUUUGCUGACCGUCUCCUUCAGUGGCAGCGAUGGGUCUCACUCUGUCUGCUACUCGCUUCUAGCUCAGUUACUAGAGGAUGCUUCUGAGCUUCACUUCUUCCUGUGUAAUUCAUUGCAGAUCCACCAGGAUGUUUGAUGAUUCUUUUAUUUAGAAUUAGAUGACAGUGCCAAUUAUGAUAUCCUUAUUAUUUGAGGAUUAAUCUUCCAGCAUACAGGAGCACUAGCUUUGGUUAUUUUUGAGUGUAAUCUUUGGCUCAGUCCCACUUCAAUUUGUAGCAAAGUGGGUACCUGGGGUUUGGGAAUGCAGGUCUCAGUGUGAAUAAGGGAAUCAUGCUAAGCGGCCAUGGGGAGCUCAGAGCGGUGACCUCCACCUCUGCUGUCCUGUUCAGCUGAUGGGGCACCUAAUACUUUGGAAAUGGACUGGAAUUGUUGAAUCAUACUCCUGUAAUGUCACAAUCUUCCUAGUUCCCAGAAUAAAAGUCUUUUUGUGCUUUUGAUAUAAAUAUAUAUACUCUAUAAUAAAAUGUCUGACUAAUUUA